AUGAGCUCUGUUAUGAAUGAGCAACCGAUUCCUGAGCUUACAGCUUUGGAGCGUAUCGGGCCCAAGGGCUAUCUUCGUUAUCUAAAUGACGAUUGUGAUUUGGAGGAAGCUGUUCGGGUACUCCAAGCCGGGUACCAAGCUCUCAUAGGACGAAUUCCAGAGGUCGGAUGCGAAGCCGUUCCCGAUGGUGAUUCAAAGCAAAAGGGUGUGAUGAGAUUUGAGAAACAGGCAAACGAACACGCAGCACACAUCGUGGUCAAGGACCUGCGUGAGUCCUUUGGAGCUGAUUAUGCGGAAUUGAAAGAUAAAUCCUUCCCCGUGGCCUCCUUCGACGCCGAUACUUUCUGUCCCCGAUCUGUCUGGCCUUCAGCUGAAGAGCGACUGCCAAUCUCAAUUGUGCAGGCCAAUUUUAUCCGGGGAGGGUUGAUCUUAACAUGGUGCAUCCUCCACAUGGCCGGAGACGGUUCAACAUUCUAUACUUGGACAAGCAUAUGGGCAGAGGAGUGUCGCCGGGCUCAGGGACUGAGCAUCGUAGAUCCCAUUCGACUUCCAGAGGCCAUCUGGAAAGAUCGCGAACAAGUUAUGAAACCAUCCGGCAAGAAUGCUGGAAAGCUCGAAGAUCAUCCAGAGUAUACUCUGCUUCCUUUCACACCUCCGGGAGCCCCGCCAAAGAUGACUUCCUUGAGCCAUCGCGGCCAAGUGUUCUAUUUCUCCCCUGAAUCUCUGGUAGCACUUAAGGCAGACGCAUCCCCAGCCAAUGCGACCGAGCCAUCCAGUCAAAAAUGGAUCUCAACUAAUGAUGCUCUUGCGGCGCUACUCUGGCGUACAGUGAUGGCAGUACAGUCUCCUCUGGAGACCCUGGAGGGUGACCCUGUGUCUGUUUACAAUAUUGCAAUUGAUGGGCGGCAGCGAACAGAUCCUAAGAUACACCCAGAUACAUUGGGAUGUUUCCUGGAGUAUGUUGCAGUCUCGUUGCCUGUCCGCAAAAUACUUAGCACGCUGAAUUUGGCUGAUCUGGCGACGGAGAUCCGCAAGGCGAUUCUGCGCGCCGACGACCAAUUUACGGAUGACGUGGUGGCUCUUGUGGACCAACUUGAAGACGUCGAUCGGCUGGCACCUACCGCAUUUUUGGAUGUCCCCGGCUUCAACUGUGUGCUAACCUCAUGGGUGAACUUCAAAUUGUACGGGUUGGAGUGGGGACCGCUGCUAGGAAACAAUAUUGAGGCUGUACGAGUGCCCCAUCUUGGUUGCAUUAACGGCUGUCAAGUUGUGCUCCCGGUGUUACCGAAUGGUGGUAUGGAGAUCCUUGUCGGCGUGGAAGGUAGUUCCUUGGACCGAUUGCUGAAUGAUCCAUUAUUCACGAAAUAUGGUGUUGCUAGGUAG